GUUCAGCAUAUGCUCUGUUGUGUUUCUUCUUCUUCUCAGAACUGAACGAGGUCAUCAUGGAAAAACUCCAGUUCUUUACAAGAAUCAACAUGCACAACGGAGCUUUGGCAUCUUUGAUUGGAGGGGUCUUGGGCUCCGUGCUGCUGCUGGUCUGCAUCGCCGUGGUGAUGCUGUGGGCGUUUCACAGACGCAAAGGCUCGUACGUCACUAACGAGACGGACGGAGACGACGAAGACGAGUCGGAGGAGGAAGACGAGGCGCUCCGAACUCUGAGGAUGAAAGAGGACGAUUAAAACCUUAAAAUACAGACUGAGCUCAUGUCGAGGAUUAGAGCUCUAAAAGAGGUUUCAUGAAGCUGAAGCUUGGCUCACCGCUGCCCCCUAGAGGCCCCAAGACGGACUCCACCUCUCGGACAUUAUACUUCGAGAUCAUCCGGCAAAUUAGAUUUUUAUUUCUGAGCCGAUUUGUAAAGUCGAUUAUUCACAUUUCUUCUCUUUUGUCGGGAGAAAUCCUUUCAUUUUUAAUCAAAAGCAGAAUUUCAUUUGGAGAAAUGGAAAAUCUGCAGCUUUAAACAAAGUCACUUUGAGGAGAACGUCUAUUUUACAGCAUGGAAUCCAUGAAUUUAGGCGUUGGUAUCAGAUCUUUUGUCUUGUUAUUCGUCUCGAGUUCUGAAUCAAACGAUAAAAAUGUUCAAUUAAAAUGAAAAUAAACACCUGCUGCUGUC